CCUUCAGGUAAAAAACGCAAAUCCCAACCUUUUUACUCUGAAACCCAACGAAAAAAACCCCCUCAAUUUCCAGGGGCUCGCGUACACUGCACCCUACCCUUUCCGCUCACUUCUCAACCAGAAGCCAUGGCCAAGACCAAGGAUGCCUCGCCGGUUCCGGAACGGAGGCGCACACGCGCCCGGUGCCACCGUUGGUUGCAGAGCCAUUCGUCGCGAUCCGAUUCUCCGAGGUUGAUGGAGGCCGCUGACGAAUCCGCCGCCGGUGUUCAAGUCCCGGACAGCCGCUCCGCUGAGGAGCAGGCCUUCAGGGAGCGGCACGGCGACCCGAUGGCCACGGCGGCGUCCUCCCCGGACUCGCCGUUCACGGCAUCGGCGAUCCGCGCGGCGGCGCACCCGGUCUCCAUCAGCCUGCCGGCCUCGCCGACGCGGUUCGUCAACGACGUGGUGGCCCGGACGGACGCGGAGUUCCCCACGCGGCUGCCUCACGCCGUCUCCAUAGCCGCCGACUACUCCGCGGCGUCGCGCAUGCCGAUGCCGAUGCCGCCGCGGCCACGGCCGCCCCAGACGAUGGCCAUGAUGAUGUCCGCCAUGCCGGCCGCGGCUUUCGAGCAGGCCGAGAAGAUGAUGUUCCGCUCGCAGCCGAUCCCUGCCGCGGCGGCCAGCAACGACGGCGGCAACUCGAACUCGCAGUCCCAGCAGCUGGUGCAGGACGACUCGAGCCGCGGGAGCGUGCGCAUGGCGCGGAGCAAGGCGCGCGCCAGGGACACGAGCUACGACUCGUUCAAGACGUGGUCCGGGAAGCUGGAGAAGCAGAUCACCACGCACCUCCGGGGCGUCGGCGUGGUCAGGCAGCAGGGGGAAGGCGGGGCCGAGCCAGAGGAAGAAGAACGCGGCGCGGCGGCCACGAGCAGCAGCGGCCGCCCCGCCUACUCUUCCGCCUCCAUGCCCAGAGUCCAGCGCUUCUUCGCCGCCCUCGAAGGCCCCGAACUCGACAAGCUACGGUCGUCGGAGGAGCUGGUGCUGCCGUCGGACAAGACGUGGCCGUUCCUGCUGCGGUUCCCGGUGUCGUCGUUCGGGAUGUGCCUGGGGAUGAGCAGCCAGGCCAUCCUGUGGAAGAACAUCGCCAUCUCGGCGUCCACGCGGUUCCUCCACAUCACGCUCCGGACAAACCUGGUCCUCUGGUGCGUCUCCGUGGCGCUCAUGUGCUUCGUCUCGGCCCUCUACGCCUGCAAGGUGGCCUUCUACUUCGAGGCGGUGCGCCGGGAGUACUACCACCCGAUCCGGGUCAACUUCUUCUUCGCGCCCUGGAUCGCCUGCCUCUUCCUGGCCAUCGGGGUGCCGGAGCUGGUGGUGGAGAGCCUCCCGCACUGGCUCUGGUACGUGCUCAUGGCGCCCAUCGCGUGCCUGGAGCUCAAGAUCUACGGCCAGUGGAUCUCCGGCGGCCAGCGCCGGCUCUCCAGGGUGGCCAACCCGUCCAACCACCUCUCCGUCGUGGGGAACUUUGUCGGCGCGUUGCUGGGCGCCAUCAUGGGCCUCAGGGAAGGGCCCAUCUUCUUCUUCGCCGUCGGGCUGGCCCACUACACCGUGCUGUUCGUGACGUUGUACCAGCGGCUGCCUACCAGCGAGACGCUACCCCGGGACCUUCACCCGGUCUUCUUCCUCUUCGUCGCCGCGCCCAGCGUCGCCUGCCUCGCCUGGGCAAGGAUCACCGGCCAGUUCGGCUACGGCUCCCGCAUCGCUUACUUCAUCGCCAUGUUCCUCUACGCCUCGCUGGCAGUGAGGAUCAACAUGUUCAGGGGGUUCAGGUUCUCGCUGGCGUGGUGGGCGUACACGUUCCCGAUGACGAGCGCGGCGAUCGCGGCGAUACGGUACUCGUCGGAGGUGAAGAACGCCUUCACGCAGACCAUGUGCAUCGCGCUCACCGUGGUGGCCACGCUCACGGUCACGGCGCUCUUCCUCACCACGCUGCUGCACGCCGCCGUGCACCGAGACCUCUUCCCCAACGACAUCGCCAUCGCCAUCACGGACCGCAGGCCCAGGGCAUCCACCAUCGCCAAGCAGCUGCACGAGCUGCAGCGCGGCCACGGGCCGCACGGCGGGAAGGGCGCCGAAGCCUGCCUGGUCGACCUCGAAGCCGCCGCGUCAUGAACUCUAAUCAAUCGGGCUGGCUGGCUGGCUGAGUUGAGAGUGCGUGUCUUCGAGCGUUUUCUUCCGUGCGUCGACUUGGCUGCCGUGCGAGGCCGGAUGGACACUUCGGGCGAGAGUCGAGCGUGUGGUGUGACGCGGGGAUUCGACUAGGACACGCAUGUAAGUUUGCUCAUGUAGACUGUAGGUACAGGAGAGAGUUGUUGAUUAUGACUAGCUUUCCGUGAGAUGUUGUGAUGUACGGCUGUACAAUAAAUUAAGGACAAAUUAUCCAUCUCUGUAUGUACGUUACGGUCUUAUAUUUAACACCGAAUAUUCGGGUUCA